AUGGUCCCUGUUUCCAGAACUGAAGGUGGAGCUGGCACACAAAUACUCUCAGCUAUAGUGUGCAAAACCAUCCAAUCCAUCAAGGAAAUCGUAGGGAAUCAUUCUGAUGCUGAUAUCUAUGUAGCCCUUAAGGAAACAAACAUGGAUCCUAACGAAGCCACUCUGAAAUUGCUCAACCAAGAUCCAUUCCAUGAGGUGAGGAGAAGGAGAGACAGAAAGAAGGAGCCUCGGAAUAUUGGGAACAAAGGUUCAGCUGACCCAAGGAGGCAUUCUGAGAAUGUUGGUCAAGGAAUGAAAUCUCAUAUCCCAUCUGAACGUAAUGUUCUUAGAAGAAUAAACUAUUCUCGGAACAUUUUUCAAUCAGUUGGUGCCAUCUCGAAGACUGAACAAUUUAGUCGAACUAAUGUAACUAAACCUUCAUUCCCUGGCAUGACAGUUAGUAGGCCGUCCUUGAACAAUCAAUAUAAUAGCAGGCCACAUCAACAACUCGCGGGACAUCAGAGAGUUUCCCAGCAGAAUAAAAAAGAGUGGAAACCUAAAUCAAGUCAGAAGUCUAACAGCUAUACUUCUGGAGUGAUUGGAACUCCUAAAAAAGCUGCUUCACCUCCAGCUGAAAAUUCUAUAGAUAUAGAAUCAGACGCUGCAGAGGUUCAAGAUAAAAUUUCCCAAUUAUAUAUAUAUGAUACCCAAAAUGUCAUCAUACCACAGCAUAUUCGAGUUACGAAAACUGAUCGUUGUCAGCUGAUCUUUGGUACCAUUGGGAUACAACUUGAUUCUUCGAUGCAUGAAUCGAAGUAUCCAUUAAUAGAAGCUGCUGAAUCAAAUGAAGAAUCGACUGCAAGCUUGACUCCAGAGUUGUCCACUGAUGAUGUUCCUGGGAGCAAACAGAUAGACUUACGGGAUGACAAUAUUACAAGUACUGGGUCGAACUCUCUAGCAUCAGCUGGUGCUACUUCUGAGCAACAAUUGCUUGAUAUCAAAGACUCCUCAAACCCUCAGAAUCUGGACGACAGUUAUGCCAGUAUUGGGUUGGUACGUGAUACAAGUCCGUCCUAUGCACCUUCAGAGUCACAGUCACAGCAGCAAGAUUCCCAUGAUAUGCCGGGCUUCUCGGCAUACGAUCCUCCAACUGGUUAUGACAUUCCUUAUUUCAGACCAACAUUGUGGGAUGAAACUUUAAGAGGGCAGGGUUUGUUAUCUUUUCAGGAGGGUUUGAGCUCCCAUGCUGCCAAUAGUAUUCCCGCAUCCUCCAUUGCUAUGGUGCAACAGCAACCUCCUGUGGCUCAUAUGUAUCCACAAGUUCAUGUUUCACAUUUUGCUAACCUUAUGCCAUAUCAUCAGUUUCUGUCCCCGGUCUAUGUUCCACCUAUGGCCAUGCUUGGAUAUUCAAAUUCAAGUAAUGCUCCCUAUCCUCACCCAACAAAUGGCAACAGUUACUUGUUGAUGCUUGGAGGUGGUUCCCAUCUUAAUGCCAACAGCCUUAAAUAUGGAGUUCAGCAGUUCAAGCCUGUCCCUGCUGGAAGCCCUACAGGGUUUGGAAAUUUUGGUAAUCCAACUGGCUAUGCCAUGAUAUCUCCUGGUGUGGUUUGGGGUGCAACGGCUUUAGAAGAUUCAUCUCGAGUCAAAUACAAAGAUAAUCUCUAUAUCCAAAAUCCUCAGGCUGAGAUAUCAGAAAUCUGGUUACAGAAUCCAUGUCAGAUUCAUCCUGGCAUGCAAUCUACUCCAUACUAUAACUUGCAGGGGCAAACACCUCAUGCAGCGUACAUGCCUUCGCACACCGGUCAUGCUUCCUUCAAUGCAGCUGCAGCUCAGUCUUCACACAUGCAAUUCCCUUGUAUGUAUCAUACUCCUCCACAGCCAGCUGCUAUUGCUAGUCAUCAUCAUCAUCUAGGACCAGCAAUUGGCAAUAACGUUGGAGUUGGGGUGGCUGCAGCUGCUCCUGGAGCACAGGUUGGUGGAUAUCAGCAGCCCCAAUUGAGCCACCUGAAUUGGACAACAAAUUUCUGA